AGCCAGUCUAGGAAAAGGAAUACCGUUUUUAAAUCAUCUCUCGAACCCAGAAGGACAACAUCUUCAACUGUUGUUCCAAGUUCCAAUGGAAUCAAGCUGAAAAUUCGAUUUGAUGCCUUUCACAAAAAGACACAAAAGACAUUGGAUCCACUAAUUGGUAAGAUAGUUGAAUCAGCCUCAGAUACUUCUGUCUUAGAGAAUGAACAUUUGAAUAAAGACAAUCAGACAACUAUUAAAGACAGUGAAAUAAUGUCAAGUGCUCCUAAACCAACCCUCCCAGAAUCUGUCGGAAAUGAAAGAGUUGAAACAGCUGAAGAAAUGUUUCAGCGAUUUCAAAAGCAAGCCAUGCAGGAGGUUUUUAAAGCACAGUUGGGUGUUGGAAACUUGAGUAGAAACCUUCGUCCCGCUAGAGCAAGUCUCGCCUUUUUGGACAAGCCCUCAUGGCGAUCAAGGCUGGAGUAUUCUUCAAAGAAAAAGAAGAGAGAGGAAGAUAAGACUUCCAAUCCAAUUUCUAAAACAGAUGAUGCCAGCAGCACAAUAUCGGCCUUCAGUAAAGAUUCGGGAGACAAAAGGUUAUUGGGAGGAAAUAAGAAAAGGC